UCUCUCGGCAGCUUUCAACGCGUUUGGUGUUUGGUUCGCGUCGUUUAUUCGGUCAAAAGCAAAGCGGCGUGUCGGGUGGAUUGUUGCUAUUGUUAUUGUGGAGCUGAAACUUCUUGAGUGCCUGACUUUUGGGAACUGGUCGCUUGGACUUGGAUUUCGACUUCUACUCCGACUUGGAUGUGGGGAUGGCUAUUAUGUGGCUGCCGCUUCUACUGUGCGCAGAUUCAGCUGUGAUUUGAUUUGUUGUUGCUGUGUUACUCUGUGUUAACCAGAAGUUGCAGUUGGAGUUGGAGGAGCAGCAGCGUUACAGUUCGAUAAAAUCGGUCAAUGGAAACGGGCUUGUAAGCAGGUGCAAUUGCUAGAGACAAGAGACGACAGAGGAGAACUAAACAUGUCGCUAAAGAAAGAGACGCCCUCGGACGUGCAGCUGCAUAUGGCAGCGAUGCGGGGAGAUGAGGUGGCCCUGCUCCGGCUGCUGGACAGUGGAAAGGUACAUGUGGACUGCAAAGAUGAGGAUGGGACCACGCCACUUAUUUUGGCUGCCGCCGGUGGACACGCAUACUGUGUGAUGGAGCUGCUCGAUCAGGGGGCCGAUCCGAACACGCGCCGCCUGACAGGCACAACGCCGCUGUUCUUUGCCGCCCAGGGAGGUCACUUGGACGUGGUGAAGAUUCUGAUGAAGGCUGGGGCCAAAGUGGACACGGCUUCCGCGGACGGGGGAACGCCCCUGUUUGUAGCCGCCCAGGGGGGCCAUGUGAAGAUUGUGCGUGAGCUGCUGGACUGUGGAGCAAAUGUGAAUGCUCAUAUGAAGGACCGUGCGACGCCUGUUUUCAUAGCGUCCCAGAACGGACAUCGGACAGUUCUUUCGCUGCUGAUCCUGGCCCAUGCGGAUAUCGAUAUAAAGCGCAUAGACGGAGCCACCCCGCUUUGGAUAGCCGCCCAAAUGGGUCAGGAUCACAUCUGCAAGGUGCUCCUCCAGAACGGGGCCAAUGUGGAUACAGUGCGCUGUGACGGCGCCACCCCGCUCUUCAAGGCCGCCCACAAGGGGCAUGCGGCGGUCACCACAGUGCUGCUCAAGUACCGCCCCAAUCUGGGCCUCCUGCCCAAUGGGGAGACGGCCUUGCAUGCAGCAGCUAUGUUCGGCCACAUGACCGUCUGCAAGCAGCUGGUCGCGGCCGGCAGCGAUGUCCUGCUGAAGAACCAGGAGGAUCUGACGGCGCUGGAAUUGGCGCACCAGCAGAAGUACACCUCCAUCUGUGAUUAUCUCCAGGAGCGGGUCCGAGCGAUUGUGGCACGCAAUUCAAAAACGAUGGUCCCGGCCACAUCUUCGGUUACAUCUACAUCUACGGUCACGUCCAUGCCGGCGUAAGAACAUACACAUAGAUGACAAACUGAUGAUGUCUCCAUGCCUCCAAAGUACCUUUAUGCACAAUACGUUGGCCUUUUUGUUUAUGUUUAAUCGAGAGAUUAGAGGAAGAGCAACAAUAGAAGGGACUGUGAAAUAGUAUCUUGAACCCGAAAAUGGUAUACAACUAAUUAUGUACAUAUUUACAUAUAUAUCCAGAACAUGGUUUAAAUAUCAGAGAAUAGGAAGCUCGUUUAAGAGUCCCCUCGCUGUGUUGCACGGUGUUGAAGCCCAACAGCAAACACUAACACAAAACAACCAAUCAAAGAGAGAUCUACUAUAGAAAAAAACACGUCCAAGCUAAAGUAAAUGGCCCUAAGAAUACUAAAUGACAUAUACAUACAUAUAUAAUAUAUUCAAGAUAUAUUAGAUAUAACCAUCAUUCAUAUUAACAACCAAUUGGAGCUUGUAUUUUGAAUUUAACUCUAACAAUAAUAAAAACGUUAGCGAUUACGAUAAUAACUGUUAACAUGGACCCCAAAAGAUAAUGUUACAAAGUCCCCUGUACAUACACUAAUGCACAUACAUACAUAUAUAUAGUACAUAUAUACUACCUAUUACAUGAAAAUACAUUCAUAUAGUUAAAAGAAUAUGUAGAUCCCCCUUUAUCGCUAAGCAAUUGUUGACAAGUGCUUUACGUUCCAACGCCUUUCUAAGUAUCUGUAUUAGCAGUUAGUUAUAUUCGAUUCUUUUGUGGUUUAUUGCUUAUUUCCUUGUAAACUAUAUAUUCGAGAAUUCAUUCAUUUGUUUAAUUGACUAAUAUUUAAGUGUAGUCUUCGACCCAAUUUUGCAAUUAAAGAGUAUAAUAAAUUGAAACACGAUUAGUGGAAAA